AUGCUUCUCAAUGCCAAUGGAGCCAUGAAUCCAUGCUGGACUUGUCGCAACCGCCGCGUCCAGUGCGACUUGUCUGGAUCUCCUUGUGCGAAAUGUAUCAAGGCUGGGGUGGAAUGCUUUGACAAAAGACCCUUUAGGUGGGUCAAAGGCGUGGCAAUUCGAGGGAACCUGCAAGGCUAUUCUUAUGAGGGAAACCCAGACAAGCCCAAGAAAAAGGCCCGGGCUUCCAAACUUGUCCAAGCAAAGCAGAAAAUUUCGGAGAAUGCUCUGGUCAGAGCUGCCGAGGACACCAGAUGCCUGCCGGCUGCGUUACAAGACCCGUCUAUAUUGAACCUGGAUAGAGUUUCCAGAUACUAUAUAAAUUAUUAUAAUGAACAUAUAUGCAAGCUGUUCAUUGUAUACGACAGCGACAGGAACCCAUUCCGGAGCCUCAUCUCCUUCGGAUUAAAGGACCCGGUUUUGCAAAAGGCCAUUCUUGCCCUUGCGGCGCGACAUCAUGCAAACACAGGCAAAUCAUUCAAUCAAAUAGAGGCACCGACCUCAUCCAAUCACAUCAAUGCCGAUCGCGACGCACUCCUCUUCAAGCACCAAGCGAUGGAAGCCCUAUCCCGCAUCAUUGGCGCUGGAGACACAGCGAAAAAUGACACUACCGUUGCUAGUAUAUUUCUCCUUAUCUUCUUGGACUUGCUUGAGUCAGGGAGUGAUGGAUGGAACUUUCAUUUGAAGGGUGCGAAAAGUCUGAUUAAAUCGUACUUGCCUCUGCUCGAGUCACAAGCUGGGAUCAAUCAUGGCCCUGGUCAGACAUUGCAAGAAAUAUGGAGUUUCAUAUCUAUGCAAAUUCGCUCGAUCGAAACCCUGGGAGCAACCUUCUUACGGCCCAAGCUAUUGUCAGAAUUUGCCCCUACCAACCACGAAACUAUCCAAUCCCAAGAGACAGUCGAGCAGUCUUUCCUUGGAUGUCCUGAAUAUCUUCUGACGGCCAUUCGGUUCUUCUCCAAUGAGAGAGACACUAUUGCAGGAUCAGAAUUUACUGAGCAGGCCAACCUUGAAACUCAUGUUCAAGAUACAACUUCGAUGCUAGAGCUUGUUAAGAACUUUGACAGCUAUGCAUGGGCUUUAAGCGUUCAACGCCCGACACAGACGGUCGACGUGAUCAAUGAUCUUUGCACGUUGUCCGAAGCAUUCAAAACUGCUACUUUAAUCUACGGUGGACGUGUUCUUGAUGCUCUCACGGGAGAUGACACAACCCAAGAUGAGCUGGUCUCCGAGUUGUUAGGACUGCUUCACCUUUUGAAAACCAAUGACGCUCUUUUCAAGUGUGUUUUGUGGGCAAUCUUUGUUGCCGGCCUGGAAUGUCGAACACAAGCCCAGAGAGACUUUCUGAUUGAAUGCCUGGAGAUCUUCUGGAGAGACACGAGUUGUUUGAAUGUUAUCAAUGCCACGAAGAUCUUGCGGGACUAUUGGGAACAGUUGGGCUCGGGGACUCCAUCAAAGUGGAUAUUUGACAUUGGAUGCUUGGGCCGUGACUGGCUUUUGUUAUAG